UGGGGCUAGGGAAUCGGAAAGGGUGUUCAGGGAACUUAGUUCAGGGAGCAUCAGAGAAAAGGGGUCUUCUGAGAACCUGUGCCCUGCUGAUCCCCAUGUUUCAUUAUCUUGAGGGUCACUUCGGGGUUCUUACCUCUCAAUCCCAGAGCCCCGCCCAUCCCUUGAAGGGUCCGCAGCCCCACUCUGAGACCUCAGAGUUUGACGCCUACGGGCUCCUUCUCACUUCUUGGUGAUGUGCGCCUUGUAGUUAUCCAAACAACCUAUUCUGGUCUCAGUCCAGUCCACCUCUUCUACCAUUCCUUGGUACCCAGCGUCUCAGACUUCGUCGUCCUGAUUUCCAUGACUUCUUGAGAUUUUGAGUUUCGUCCCAGCUCCUGCGUUUCAAGGAAACCGGACUCGUGCUCUGCCGGUCCCGCGCCGAUCCCGCGCCCAUGACCAAGCCCUCUGAGUGAUCGGCCAGCCUUGGAGUCCCUCCGAGGUUCCGAACGUCGGGGACCUCACAGCCCACAUAGCCAGAGUCUUAAAAGUCGCUCUGGGAAAAGGAAAAGAUGCCGCUGUUCUUCCGGAAGCGGAAACCCAGUGAGGAGGCUCGGAAACGCCUGGAGUACCAGAUGUGUCUGGCAAAAGAAGCGGGAGCAGAUGACAUUCUCGACAUCUCUAAAUGCGAGCUCACAGAGAUUCCAUUCGGGGCUUUUGCAACCUGCAAAGUUCUACAGAAGAAGGUGUUGAUUGUGCAUACAAACCAGCUCACCUUCCUGCUGCCCAAAUCUUGCAGCCUCCUGAGCCUGGUGACCAUCAAGGUGCUGGAUCUGCAUAGCAAUCAGCUGACGGCCCUUCCCGAUGACAUGGGGCAGCUGACAGCCCUGCAGGUGUUGAAUGUGGAAAGAAACCAACUGACAUAUCUGCCUCGUUCCAUUGGGAACCUGGCCCAGCUCCAGACCCUCAACGUGAAAGACAAUAAGCUGAAGGAGCUGCCCGACACCCUGGGGGAGCUCCAAAGCCUGCGCACCCUGGACAUCAGUGAAAAUGGGAUUAAGAGGCUGCCGCAGAUGCUGGCUCACGUCCGGACGCUGGAGACGCUGAGCCUUGACGCCCUGGCCAUGGUUUUCCCGCCGCCGGAGGUGUGCAGCAAUGGCACUGCAGCCAUCCAGCAGUUCCUCUGCAAAGAGUCUGGGCUGGAGUACUACCCCCCCUCUCAGUACCUGCUGCCAGUGCUGGAGCAAGAUGGAGCGGACAGUGUGCGGGACAGCCCCGACAGACCCCCAGACAGGUUCUCGAGGGAGGAGGCCGAGUGGCAGAAUAAGUUCUCCGACUACGAGAAGCGGAAGGAGCAGAAGAUGCUAGAGAAACUGGAGUUUGAGCGGCGCCUGGAGCUGGGGCAGCGGCAACACGCGCAGCUGCUGCGCCAGAGCCACAUCCAGAAGGAUGAGGUCCUGCAGACGCUCCGGGAGGAGCAAUCCCGGCUGGAGCAGGGCCUGAGCGAGCACCAGCGCUACCUGGACGGCGAGCGGCAGCGGCUGCUGCAGCAGCUGAAAGAGGCCGAGCAGAGCGUCACCGGCCGGAUCCAGAAGCUGCUGCAGGAGAAUCGGAGGCAAAAACAAAGUUCUGAGAUUCUGAAGUCGUUGGAAAAUGAACGAAUAAGAAUGGAGCAGCUGAUGGCCAUCACCCAGGAGGAGACAGAGAACCUGCGGCGGCGGGAGAUCGCCUCCGCCAUGCAGCAGAUGCUGACUGAGAGCUGCAAAAGCCGGCUGGUCCAGAUGGCCUACGAGUCCCAGAGGCAGAGCCUGGUCCGGCAGGCCUGUUCCAGCAUGGCUGAGAUGGACGAGCGGUUCCAGCAGAUCCUGUCAUGGCAGCAGAUGGACCAGAACAAAGCCAUCACUCAGAUCCUACAGGAGAGCUCGAUGCAGAAGGCGGCCUUCGAGGCCCUGCAGGUGAAGAAGGACCGAAUGCAUCGGCAGAUCAGAAACCAGGAGGUGGUCGCGGAGCAGCGCUGGGCACUCAGCUCCCUGCUCCAGCAGCUGCUCAAAGAGAAGAAGCAGCGAGAAGAAGAACUCAGGGAUCUCCUGGCAGAGUUAGAAGCCAAAAGCGAGACCAAGCAGGAGAACUACUGGCUCAUUCAGUACCAGCGACUCUUAAACCAGAAGCCAUUGUCCUUGAGGCUGCAGGAGGAGGGCAUGGAGCGCCAGCUGGUGGCCAUCCUGGUGGAGCUGUCAGCCGAGCACUACCUACCUAUCUUUGCCCACCACCGCAUCUCCCUGGACAUGCUGAGCCGGAUGAGCCCUGGGGACCUGGCCAAGGUGGGCGUGUCGGAGGCCGGGCUGCAGCAUGAGAUCCUCCAGAAGGCCUGGGAGCUGCGGGACGUGGCCAGGACCCAGCCAGAGCUGAAACCCCCCAAAGGGGAGGUCGUGGAGACCCCGGAACCACCCACAGCGCCCCUGGAGCCUGCAGAGCUGGUGAGGCCAUCCGCGCCCCCAGCGGAGCCAAAGGUGCAGAUGUCGGAGUGCGUUGUGUGCCUGGAGCAAGAGGCCCAGACUGUCUUCCUCCCCUGUGGCCACGUCUGCUGCUGCCAGCAGUGCUGCCAGCCCCUGCGCACCUGCCCCCUGUGCCGCCGGGACAUUGCCCAGAGCCUCCGCAUCUACCACAGCAGCUGAGCGCCGCACCUGCUGCCCACAGCCGGCUCACCUCGCAGCUCCCUGCCACACAAUCCGGGCCAGGCAGGGACGCUCCUGACCCCGACACGGCUGCUCAGAACACAGGCAGAAAGGAAGGCGGCUGUCCCUUGCCUGGGCUAGAGGGACACCUCCGGAAGGGGCGAGUUGCGCAGGCCCGGCCCCCAGCCUCCCCUCUGCUGCUGUUGCACGUGCCCUGCCUCCUGUACACAUCUGUGCUGCCCCCACACAGUGGAACCCAGAGCGGGACAUCAAUAAAACCUAAAGCGCG